AGGGCUGCUGGACCAGGAGGUGUGUGUCCGGCCCAGGACCGGAGUCCCAGGCCAGGGAGGGGCAGAGGCUGGGCCUGAGGCGUGGGCGGGCCACUGGGUGAGGACCCUGGUUCUGCCUAAAGGAUGAAGACUUAUCUUUAAGGAUGAGGAAGUGCAUGAAAGUUCUAUCAACUGAUCUCCCCCUGACUCGGGGUCCACAGCACCCCUAAAUCCUACUCCAGCCUCUCUCAUUGCCUAGCCCGUGUCACCACCUUUUCCCUGAGGUCUGUCCUCAUUUUACUGUUUCCCUGGACAGGACCUAGACAGGAACAGGCAGUGUUCCCCCUUUCUGGCAAGUGACAGUGUUUCUCUCCCCAAUGUAACUUGUCCUCAGGCCAAUUACACUACUAUUGGGCCCAGCCUAAAGUGCUUUCUCACCCUCUUCCUUCACCCAGGGGACCUUCUGCCUCUCUACCGCACCCCCAAUCUCCUUUGUCUUGGUUUCCUGGUCAUGACUGCCUCCUCUCCCUCCCACCUCCACACGUGCACCAGCCUUCCAGCCAUCCCAAGCACCCUCCUUCCUAAUCUUGGGAGGCAUCUUGUCUGGCUGAACUGGAGAAUUCCGGGAUCUAGGCCAUACUCCUUAGCAGACAGCCCCAUCCUUGGGAGGAGGAGCAGGAGAAGGCCUGAGGAAGAAUUAGGGGGCAAUACCCAGAUUCCCACUUGGAAAGAGAACAGCAAAACAGCACCCCAAGGGAGUCAUAGGAGAGAAAAGCAGGAAAGCAAGAGCCCUAUUGGAUUUCAGCAACAGAGUGCUGCCCGCUCUACACCUGGGUCGUUGAGUACUUCUCCAACCGGGUAGAUUCCAGCUCCACUUCCUCGGCCCACCUGUGCCCCACCCCACUCUACCCGGAAGUGCAAGAGCCCAAGCCGCCUCCAUGGCCCCAGGAAGGAUUCAGGGGAGAGGCCCCAUACAGGGAGCCACUCAAAUUGAACACCCUGGCCAGAAUGGAGCUGACUGAAUUGCUCCUCGUGGUCAUGCUUCUCCUAACUGCAAGACUAACUCUGUCCGGCCCGGCUCCUCCUGCUUGUGACCCCCGACUUCUAAAUAAACUGCUUCGUGACUCCCACGUCCUUCACAGCAGACUGAGCCAGUGCCCAGAUGUUAACCCUUUGACCACACCUGUCCUGCUGCCUGCUGUGGACUUUAGUUUGGGAGAAUGGAAAGCCCAGACGGAGCAGACCAAGGCACAGGACGUUCUGGGAGCAGUGACCCUUUUACUGGAGGGAGUGAUGGCAGCACGGGGACAAGUGGGUCCCACCUGCCUCUCGUCCCUCCUGGGCCAGCUUUCUGGACAAGUCCGCCUCCUCCUUGGGGCCCUGCAGGGCCUCCUUGGAACCCAGCUUCCCCCACAGGGCAGGACCACAGCUCACAAGGAUCCCAAUGCCAUCUUCCUGAGCUUUCAACAACUGCUCCGGGGCAAGGUGCGUUUCCUGCUGCUUGUAGUAGGGCCCACCCUCUGUGCCAGGCAGGCCCUGCCCACCACAGCUGUCUCAAGCAGUACCUCUCUAUUCCUCACACUGAACAAGCUCCCAAACAGGACUUCCGGACUGCUGGAGAGAAACCCCAGUGCCUCAGCCAAGACUGCUGGCUCUGGACUUCUGAACAAGCUGCAGGGAUUCAGAACCAAGAUUCCUGGUCUGCUGAACCAAACCUCCAGGACCCUGAACCAAAUCCCUGGAUUCCUGAACAGGACGCAUGGGCCCUUGAAUGGAACUCAUGGACUCUUCCCUGGCCCCUCGCCCAGGGCCCUAGGAGCCCCAGACAUACCUCCAGGAACUUCAGACACAGGUUCCCUGCCACCCAACCUCUGGCCUGGAUAUUUUCCUUCCCCAACCCAUCCUCCUACUGGACAGUACACACACUUCUCUCCUUCACCCACCUUACCCACCCUCACGACCCAGCUUCAAUCCCCUCUUCCUGACUCCUCUAUCACACCCAACAUCAGCAGUCCCCUUCUAAUCACAGCCCACCCUUAUGCCCAGAAUCGGUCACAGGAAGGGUAGGGUGCUUGGAGACUGCCUACUUCAGAAUGGUCUCUCGUGUAUAAUUCCCUCACCCAGAGGAGAGGCCCUGGGAGACAAAUGCAGCUAUACCAGAUUUCCUGCUUUCACCUGAAACCAAAGCCUUGGUAAAAAGGGAUACACAGGACAGAAAAAAGGAUCAUUUUUCACUGUAUAUUUUAAAACUUCAGAAGCUAUUUUUUUAAGCUAUCAAUAAUAUUCAUCAGAGCAGCUAAUUAUCUUUGGUCUAUUGCUUGCCCAAAGUUACAAGUUAAUAAUUCCCCAAUUAUUCUUUUUCAUUCACUAAUUCUGCAAAGGGCUGGCCUGGCCUCUGAACAGAAGUAUAAACUAAACCUUUUAUCAGAAAAGAGAGGGUGGUUUCUUUUGCUUUGAGCUUAAGGCCCUCCAUUGCCCUCGCCCCUUUACCAUCAUUCCCGGUAGGAUUCUAUCCUUAAGAGAUCCCCACUUUUGAGAAAUGAAUGAGAAGUUGUGAAGUUGUCUCUCAGAAAGGCUGUCCCUAUACAAUCAGACAAAACUGAGCCUCUCUAGAUGAAUAAAUGACUGUGUGCAAAAGCUAACUGAAAAGGCAGGGAAAGAUGUUCUUCUGGAGAGGCAACAGAUUCCCCCAACCCCCCCAAAAGCUAACAGGAAGCCUUGGAGAGCCUCACACCCCAGGUAAGCCUGUGCAGACAACUCAGUCAAGGCAAGACUGGGAUGUGACAGCUGAGCAAACAGCCAGAGCUGCAGCCACUCCGCGGGAGGCUUCACCAGGCAUGGGUUCCUGCCUCCCUCCUGUGGAGGCCAGGGGGAAGUGCAGGAAGUGGCAUGAGUCAGUCUCCUUGAGCUCACACAGCAGGAGAGACAAGUACAUGUCAAGUACAAGUUGAAGGCUCAUUUCCCAAUUCCCCAUGGCUCAUAGUAUCUAAAAAGCAGCCCUGUGUGAACACCAUAAACUCUGCUAGAGGAUCUCUAGGAAAGAAACCAGAGGCAGGCUACGGGGCUUUGCAAAUAAAUGCUGGCUUGGUGCUCAGAAAGAGGUUUACACUGCACAAAACAAAAACUCCAUUGCAAAGAUCAACCUGCUACCUUCAGAGGCUCCUGCAGGAAAACUAGUGGAAGUUUUUCCCACUCUUUUUUUCCUUUUUAAAGAAAGGAGGGAUCAUGGAGGUAGAGGAGCCAGGAAUCCAGAGCUCCAAACACUGCCACAAAUACUCCGGGAUCAGCAAAGGCAUUCCAAAACAAUGGAAUGUAAGCCAGUGUGCUGGGAACCUUAUGUACAUUAUCUUUCUUGAUGCUCACACAACUUUGCAAGGUACAUAUUAUCAUCUCUAUUUUAAGGAUGAGGAAACGCAGGCUCAGAGAAGCCAGGCUACCCAGGCUAUAAGCAGGAAAGAAUAUAAACCCAAGUCUGACUCCCUCUGGAGUCCAUGUUCUCUCCAGGCUGACGCACUGUCCAAUAUAUCAUUCAGUGAUUCUAUUCACUGGAAAAGACUUCCAAGUCCUUAGGGAGUAAAUACAUCAAUAGUUAAAGAGUUCUGAGUAGAAAACAAAGCUCUUAGUGGGGCUGACCAAUUCAGACAUCUCCAGGUGUCUUUCUUUCCCUUUAUGGACAGAACAGUUUCCAUGGAGAAGGAUCAACAAAUGCACAGAGCUCAAAAGUGCUGUCCAAAUCAGAUGUUGUCAGUUUCUGCAUAGGGAAAAUUAGUUCAUCCACACUACAAAUUCCAGAAUGCAGUUAAGGAAAUGCUAAAUGGAAAUUGAAAUUUACUGAAAUACUGAAGUAGGUUAAAUUUAAUGAUCAAAUGAAACACUUCACGGUACAUGAAAGAGCCAGCACCCAGGGCAAGAUAUGGCAAAGGGACCAGAGACAAAGAAUUAGGGGUUCUCAGCACAGCCAGAGAGGCAAAGAUGGCAAAAUUGCAAGUUGUAGCCAGGAAGUUCCAGGCACACAGUUUAGGUAUUUUACUUACUCCAGUUCAGGGGAAAUGCAAAUAAUUCUUGGGCUUCUCCAGUGUGAACUCAUCUGCCCCUACUUCCCCUUGACACAAAAGACAAAAAAUCUUUUACAAGCGGAACACUCAUAUCUCUAUUCAAAUUUAUGCCAGUUCUCUUGCUUCUGCUACCCCAGGGCAGCCAGGACCUUCUGCUGAUAUCCUACAAACUAUUACUGGUAAUUAGGUUCUCCCAUGCUAACUGAACUAGAUCCUUCUCCAGCCACCCCGACCCUCCCAACAAAAAAAUCUAACUUCAUGGAAAAAUUCUAGGAUUUCCAUAAAAAUUCAUUCCCACCCCCACCACAGCUCCUAUUUUCCCCCCUUCCCCUCUACAACGAAGCAAAAGAAACACCUUUUCCUCCCCCUCUGCAGAGGCCAUUCAUUUUCAACCCAUUUCCCUAAAUGUUAUUUCUAACACCUCCUAUAAAGACUUGAAAAUGAUGGGGAAGGAAACACCCCAGGUAUCCCAGCGGGGGGCAGGGGGACAGCAACCAUGACAAAACCAGAUCAAAAGAGACAACGGCUUAAUACACACUCCCAGAGCAGCUUUCUGGAUUGUUCUCUGAAUUUUCCAGAGGAAAACGGAGUCCCCUGUGCUUUCUCAGAGACCUUUAAUUCCAGGCUAAAGAGUCAGUUCAUGUGCUGGAAUCCUGGUGAGCAAUGGCAUUUCCUCGUCUUUUCUCUUCCCCCACUUAUAGAUUAGGGACUGCAGUGAGGCUGCUGCAUUGUCCCAGGCAGUGGCCCAGGCCUGCCACCCUCAUUGGUAUUGCCGCCUUGUCCACUUCCCUGGUCUAGGCAGCAGCUCCCUGUUCAAUGUCACUGGUAAGAACCACCAUCAUUCACCCUCCCUCCCAGGCCACUACUAGAGUGUAGAGCAGAGUUCCUCCGCCUGCUUCUAUAACCACCAAGCUCUCUCUUCUCGCUCUCUUCAUAUGGUUGUGUCCAAUGCUGUGUCUAAAAGCCUCCACCCAAAAAGUACAUAAAAAUAAUGAACAUU